GGCGGGCAGAGGGGCGAGCUAGGCGGGGCCGGCGGGCCGUUGGCCCCCGGCGGUGCGCAGGGUUCCCUGGGAAGGCCCCACUGAGGAGCUGAUGGCGGGUCCCCGCCCCCACGGCGCCUAGCAAGGUGCCCAGUGCGGGGCUCUCGCCCAUCCAUCCGCGCGGCUUAGCGGGCGACAAUGGGCUGAGCCACAGGCUCCGCAAGGUGUCGGGGGCGCCUCACGACGGGGGUGUGCCAGGGACUGUGGGGAGAGCCCGCCCUCCCCCUCCAGCUGUUCCCAGAUGUCAUUCUGCCCGCCCAGGCGCCUGGUUCCUGAGCUCAGGGGGAUUCCACGGUUACUAAGCUACUGGUUUUUGUUGACUUUCAAAUAUUUUCUUCUAAGGGAGAGGGGGAGGGGGGCAAAAGUCAGGAGAGAGCAAAUAAAAAGAAAUCAAACUAAGCUCCCCCUCCCCAGAAGAAACUUGCCCUCCAGCCACCACUCACACACACAUCGAAGGCCUCUGAACAUAGUCACCUUGCUGGAGGAACAGCCAGACAGAACUGACCUGCUUCUGCCCCUCCUCCUCUCCCCUUCCGGUGAAUGAGGGGCCGUGGUGGAUGGUCCCCCUGUCUUGGACCCCUGGGUGGACAAAGGAGCUUCCGGAAAGAGAGGAGGAGGAUGGCCAGUGGGAAUGGGCUCCCUUCAUCCUCGGCCCUGGUGGCCAAGCGCCCCUCCGCCCUGGGCCCAUUCCCCAGAUACAUCUGGAUCCACCAGGACACACCCCAAGACAGCCUAGACAAGACUUGCCACGAAAUCUGGAAGAGAGUUCAAGGCCUGCCCGAGGCCUUGCAGCCCAGGACCUCAAAGGAACAGCUGUCUGCCCCCAUGACUGGGACCCCAAGAGACAACGGGCUCGGCUUCCAAGAAGAAGCUCUGGAGCUCAGCCGUGAUAAAGAUGAGAUCUCCCUGUUGGUGGAGCAGGAGUUCUUAAGCCUGACCAAAGAGCACCUCAUUUUGGUCACAGAGAGCUCGGAGGAGCUGGAGGCCCCCGGCACCUCUCCCGAGGGACCCAGACAGCUGGCUCCCUGCCUUCUCAUACCUCCUCCAGUGGCGGACAGCAGUGAGUACCCGGGGACCUCCAUCAUUGCUGGUGAUACGCUUCUUGAGCCGAAGGUGGCCAUGUCUGUCAUCAGCAGCCGGCCGGACUGUGAUUCUGUCAUGUCUACUGUCACGGGAAUUCUGCGCGCUGCUAAGGUCAAGAGUGUCAAGGGGACAGAAGAUGGGGGCCACAGCCUGGGUGCCUCUAACUCAGAGAUCGGCAAGCUCCUGGCUCAGUUCCCAUUCAAGUCCACAGAAACGUCCAAGGCUCCUGACAACAAGAUGGUGUUGGAGGAGACAAGGGUCAUCAAGGACUUCUUGCAGAACAGCAUGUUCGGUGGCCCAGGACCCAGGGAGCCCAUGGGGCUGGGCCCAUUCCUACUGCUACCGCCUCCGCCUCUGUCUGCACCUCCUGAGAAGCUCUCUGAGCUCCCGCCUCAGAAGAGGCAGCUCCCAGUGUUUGCGAAGAUCUGCUCCAAGCCCGAGGCUGACUCUGCUAUGGAGGGGCACCUCUUGAUGGAAUGGAACCCUAGCACCAAGGAUCCAACCAAGGGUCGAGAGAGCCUCUUUCUCAGUCAGUGGCCCCAGAGCCGGAAGGACACCGGUGGUGAGGAGAGUUGCAGUGACCCAAUAGGCUCCAUGUCCAUGGCCCUGCCAUCCACGAAGUCUGUAUGGCCAGCCGAGAAGAACCUGCUCUAUGAGUUUCUUGGGGCCACCAAAAACUCCAGCGGGCAGCUGAAGCUUCGCAGCAAAAUGGAGGUGGACGGGCUGGAGCUGAAACUUAACCCACCUGUGACGGUGGCCGACAAGAACAACCUCAAGUACACAGGGAAUGUAUUCACCCCACGCUUUGCCACAGCCUGGACCUCAGCAACCUUGAACCAGCCACUGUGGCUCAACCUCAACUAUCCACCUCCGCCCGUGUUCACAAAUCACUCCACCUUCCCACAGUAUCAGAGAUGCCAGUGUUUGCAGGGCAGGGCUGCUUCCACGGCUUCUUGGCCUCGGCUGGAGAUGCUCACCCUCCCAGGGCCUGUAUCCACAGCGUGCAGCCAGGAUGCCCUAUCAGCAGGCCGUGCACCCCCAGCUGGGCUGUUAUUCCCGACAGGUGACACCGUACAAUCCACAGCAGAUGGGACAGCAGAUUUUCCGCUCUUCCUACACCCCCCUGCUGGGCUACAUCCCCUUUGUGCAGCCCAGCUAUCCAUACCCUCAGAGGACACCUCCAAAGCUCUCCGCCAAUCCCCGAGACCCUUCCCCCAUGGCAGGAGAUGGGCCGCAGUACCUCGUCCCCCAGGCGUACGGGUUUGGCUCGACGGCUGGUGGGCCCUUGAUGAAUAGCCCCUAUUUUUCCUCCAGUGGGAAUGGCAUAAAUUUUUAGAUGGUCUUCUCUUCUCCCCCCUCCUACCUUAGCCCUUGGAUCAGGGCUAAGGACUCUGGAAUUCUGGAUUCUGUAAUAGCAGCGUGGCAUGAAGUUGGAGAAGCCAAGGCUCCGACCAGGUCAUAGACAGAAAACAGCAAGACCAGACUCAUCUGUUGACCAGCUCUCUCACACACAUAGCCCCCCUCACACACACCACCCGCCACACAUGCACCUCCCUCCUAUUCACACUCACCUGCUCAGCCAUCUAUGCACCUGUAUUUAGCUGACAUGAGUGAUUUUUUGUUUUUGUUGUUGUUGGUAAAAUAGAAAUAAGACACUUAAUUUUAGAACGUUUGUAUUUUAUGAUAAAAGUGAGAGCUGCUUGAAAUGGA